AUGCAUAGAGAAUCAGUAUGGUUAUGGUAUUCUAGACAGCUUAAUAACCCGAACUGUAUUGACAAUUCUCUUAAAAUCAAAAUUAAAAAAGAAGAAGCUUACUGGGUAAAAUUUCUUCAUCGACUGAUUGAAACUAUGUCAUUUUUAUCCACCAGAGGUCUGACAUUUAGGGGAGAUAAUCAAAUGAUGAAUUCUAAACAUAAUGGAAAUUAUUUAGGUUGCCUUGAACUUAUAUCAAAAUUUGAUCCAUUUCUUGCUUCUCAUAUUGAUAAAUACUCCAAUAAAAGCCGUGGAAAUUUUUCAUAUUUAUCUGGUAGAAUAUGCGAUGAGUUCAUUAAUCUAAUGAGCAAAACUGUCCUUGAAAUUAUUUAUAAAGAGAUCAAAUUAGCCAAAUACUUUUCAAUAAUUGUAGAUUCUACCCCUGAUGUUUCUAAAGUGGAUCAACUAACAAUACGAUAA